AUGGCUUCGUCGAGGCUGAACGGUGCCGACGUCUCUGAGGACUUGACUCAGGUCAACGGCGCGGCAGCCAUGCCCCCUCCGGUUGCGGCAAACACUGCUAGGACGGCCCAGCAGCGAGGGUUUCCGGCAACUCUUUCGCUAGGAGCGCCCCGCCAUCGGCCCGGGACUGACGGUUACACGACGAAGGGAAACGUGGAGGUUUCUUGCAAGGUGAUGGACGUGCCCCACGCCGAGGAGUGCGUGGAAGACCUCGUCCACGCCCUCGACUCGAGGAGAGGCGUUCUGCUCACGUCCUCGUACGAGUUCCCCGGCCGCUACGCGCGCUGGACGCUGGGCUUCUCGGACCCGCCGCUGGAGCUGUCGGGCACUGGGCGAGACUUCAGGGUGCGAGCGCUCAACGACAGUGCGCGAUGCCUAUCCCCGUUUUCGCAGGAGGAACGCAGCAAGCAGCCGUCGCUGUUCAGCGUCGUGAGGGCCGCGGUUGACCUGUUCUACUACGAGGGGGACCCGCAGCUAGGACUGUACGGCGCGUUCGGCUACGACCUUACCUUCCAAUUCGACUCUAUCCCCCUUAAGCACGAGAGAGAUGGAUCCCAGAAGGACUUGCUUCUCUACCUCCCGGACAAGAUGCUAGUAGUGGACCAGGACAAGCGGGACGCGUGGAGCAUCGAGUACGACUUCGCGUACGGGGGCGCGACGACGGAGGGGCUUCCUCGAGAGGGCGAGGUGGUUGCCUACAAGCCGUCCGACAAGCCGGGGGACAGGGACACGCCGCCAGGGGACUACGCCAAAAAGGUGGACAAGGCUAAGCAGGAGUUUAAGGUCGGCAACUUGUUUGAGGUGGUCCUGAGCCAGACUUUCAAGAAGCCGUGCACGUCCAGCCCCGCGAAAGUCUUCCGACGACUACGGAAGAGAAAUCCCUCCCCCUACGGCUUCCUCAUCAACUUGGGGGACCAGGAAUAUCUUGUCGGCGCUUCCCCCGAAAUGUUCGUCCGCUGCGAGCGCACGCGGCACGGCAUCCGCGUGGAGACGUGUCCUAUCUCCGGCACGAUCGAGAGGGGCGCCAACCCGCUAGAGGACGCCCAGAAGAUUCGGUCUCUGCUGAGCAACAAGAAGGAGGAGUCUGAGCUCACCAUGUGCACCGACGUCGACAGGAACGACAAGAGCCGUAUCUGCGAGCCCAGCUCGGUUCGAGUCCUCGGCAGGCGACAGAUCGAGAUGUACUCGAGGCUUAUCCACACCGUUGACCACGUCGAAGGGUACCUCCGGAAAGGUUUCGACGCCUUGGACGCGUUCUUGUGCCACACCUGGGCAGUGACGGUUACCGGCGCGCCCAAGACGUGGGCCAUCCGCUUCGUCGAGCAGAACGAAGCCAGUCCUAGGGCCUGGUACGGUGGAGCGGUUGGUCUCGUCGGGUUUGACGGGCACCUCAACACCGGCCUCACGCUCAGGACCGUCAGGGUUAAGGACGGCAUCGCAGAGGUACGUGCGGGAGCGACUCUUCUGUUCGACUCCGAGCCUGCCCUGGAGGAGGCGGAGACCGAACUCAAGGCUAGCGCGAUGAUCGACGCCGUGACAAGGGGCGACCCGCAGCCCGGGGCCACGGGAUCGGAGGAGGCGUUUAAGACGUCUAUCAGCACCGGGGUCGGGAAGUCUGUUCUCCUCGUGGAUCACGAGGAUUCCUUCGUGCACACGCUCGGCAACUACCUUCGACAGACGGGGGCGGAGGUGAGCACUGUCCGCAGUGGAGACCCCCUGGUGGCGUACCUCCGGGGGGUUCGCAAGGGGAAGCAGCCCUACCCUGACCUGGUGGUGCUCUCGCCGGGCCCCGGUAACCCGUCGGACUUCGGUUUGUCCGGCACCAUCCGAGAGAUGUUGGACCUCAAGGUGCCGGCGUUCGGGGUUUGUCUGGGGCUGCAAGGCAUCGUCGAACACUUCGGGGGAGAGCUUGCUGUGUUGGAUUAUCCUAUGCACGGGAAGCCGUCGACGGUGUCGUUAGUUGACCGUGACUCGCACUCUCGGGCAAUAUUUGAAGGAGUUCCAGACUCCUUCGAGGUUGCUCGGUACCACUCUCUCUACGGAGCGAGGGAGGAGAUGCCGGACGUCCUGAGGCCGACGGCGGAAACAGCGGACGGGGUAAUUAUGGCGAUCGAGCACAAGGAGCUUCCUUUCGCCGCCGUGCAGUUCCACCCGGAAUCCAUCCUCACGGACCCUAGGACGGGAUUGACCAUCCUCGCCAACUGCUUCCGCCACUUGCGAUACGACGACGCCAAGAACGAGCAGUAGGGACAGGGACAAGGUGUGUAACCUUUUCGCUUCCGGCAGGCCGCGUGAGCGAGGUGGGGGCGGGGAACGACAUCAGGUACUCCUACCGCUGCAGCAGGAGCAGCUGCAAGCACUACGGCAGUGCACGCCCGGCCGACUUGCGGGCAGGGCGGGGGGGGGGAACUCUUAGGCUAUCCUAUUGCACCGCGAACACGUCAGCAAAGGACGAGGUUACUCACUCGCGAGGAUGUGACCUCCGUCAAGUGCUCUCUGUCGGAAGGGCUGUUGUCAUUGGUGCUGGG